AUGUUUCGAGAACAUUCCAUGAUCAAUUUCACUUCCUUAUCUUCCUCGCUGCCUACAUCGCAACAACUUUCCAAUGAAGAAUCAAUGUGCUGUGAUUAUUCUCAUCUUGUAAGCCAUUAUGAAUUUGUAAAUUAUACCUCGUCGACUCUAGAGAAUUCGAUUUUCCAACUCAACCAUCAAACUUCAACGAACAUAUCUAAUACUCCAGAAGCAUUCUCUGCCUUGUCCGAAUUGCUCAUUCAACUCGGUCAUGUACUCUUUGAAAAUUGGGAAGAAUUUUGUGGUGAAAAGGGUUUUGAACGAUUGUGUGAAAAGCAAAAUCCAACUCGAGCCAAUUCUCCUUCGAGAAAAUCCCCACGUUCUUCUCAUCGAGUGCAUCCUUUUGUUUCCAAUGAACUCGAUUCGCUACUUGGCGCGAAUGAAUGUUUUCACCAUCACAAUUGCAAAGAAGAAUGUGCAUUGCGACGCUUCUUUAAAUUGACCGCAUGUCAACAAAUUCAUCUGGCUACAAAUUUUAUUUGUAAUUUUGUGUGUUAUGGAGUGAAUGGUUCAAUCAUGUCACGAAUUCCAACAAAAUUAUAUGAAAACACAAGUAGUAGUAACAAUAAUGUAUCGAGUGUGACAAUACCUUUUGAACCACUUCGAUUUGGCACAUCACGCAUGAAUCGUCUCUCUGUAGUUUCUGAGAGCUAUUUCAACUAUCCUGACGAAAAGGACACUCCAGACUCGCUCAUGGUCUUGUCUUUCUUAAUGGAAGUAUUGAGAGAUUUAGUGAGGAAAGAAAUUGAGGAAGAGUUGAAAAUGAAAAGAGAGGAAUUGUCAUCCAUCUUUUCACAAUCCACCACAUGCACAGAUGUGUCUUACAAUGCUGAACAACAUACGACAAACAAUUAUCGAAACAACACGAGACAAGUAUCCGUGACGCGAUCUGCAGCCACUCAAGCACGAGAGGAAGAAACUCUCUUGCAACAACACCAUGGUGAUGAUACUAACAAUAUCCAUCAAGAUCAUCAAUCCUAUUACUGGAGAGCCUUCAUAUUUAUGAUAUUAAGGAAAGUGAAAUUUGGAAAUUUAUACGAAUCGAAUACAAGUCAAGAAGAAAUAUUACAAGCUGCCUCGUCGACCGAACUUAAUAUUUGGAAUACUUUAAUUUCAAGUCUGUUCCGUUCAUUCAUUCAGAAAAAAAAUCAAAUGGAACAAUCUGACCAUUCCAACAUUCGAAGACGAGCUCUCUCCAAUUCUAAUCCAACCACAACUUCUGACACUACUAGUAGACCGCUUCUUCAAGUCCCUCAAUCCACUGGAACUCGGACUCGAGCGGUCUCUUCUGGAACUGCUUCGCAACUUUCAUCCACGUCCGUAACAUCUUCUUUGGAAAAAUCAUCAGCUCAAAUCAAACGACUUCAAACGCACUUCAAUUCCUUCUUUUCUGAACAUGUGAUUCAUCAAGACAUGUGUAAAUUAGCAUUCGUGUGUCAAAUCAGUGCUCCUCUCUUCAUGAGAUCCUACAAAAACUUGGGUGAGAAAUAUUUGAGAACUCUCUUCUCGAAUUCCAGAGGAACAUUAAGGAAAGAAUUAUUGGCACCGUUGGAAGCUUCGAAUCAGCUCUCAUUCGUUACAGUUUGUUAUUGGCAUUCGUUCAUGGCUGUAGACGGUUAUGAUUCUGCACUGGAAAGAAUCAAAGCAUUCUAUCGAAUGUUGGAAAAGUGUAAUUUCCCAUUGAGAAGUCCAGGUCCCAAAACACCAAAACAACCAGCAGGGUUAAAAACCAUUCUUCAAAAAUUAAAAACACUCAUUUGA